CUCAAAGGAUGGCUGAUGAAAUGUUACAAUCAAGAUUACUGACAGUAACUGUGGGAUAAAUGCCGUUAAUUUCCCCAGUGCUAAGUGCUGUUUUGUCUUCUGUGUCAAGCACAGCUAAUCAAACCCUCCUUUUCCGCACACGGCAGGCAUUGCACAUCGAUUGCCCGGAGGCUCCCGGCUCUGAAGCCAAAGAGAGUUGCUAUGGGAAUCAAGAGGGCACUUGGAGACAGGAUCCAGGGCUUGGCUCUCUCCCAUCCAGGGUUGCUGGAGUCACAGGAAUGAAGAGGGGAAAAUGAAAAGGAGGUGGCAGGGAGAAAUGCAGGCAUGUCAGAGGAGGGACUGUGGCAGCUUGCGGCUGGGGAAUGGAGGAGAGCAAAGCAGCGCAUGCAUCAGCCAGAGUAGCGGCUCUGCUCCGGUUACCCAUCCUGACCAUUUUCCUGCUGUAGAGUUAACCUAGGAAAACUACCACAAAGUCUGAAUAGAGGCAAGUCUUUGGAAGGAUGGGAUCCAGCUCUUCCACAUACCGGCCCAAGUAUGUUUAUUUGGAUAUUGAUGGAAGGAUUCAGAAGGUGGCCUUCAGCAAGUAUUGCAACUCGAGAGAUAUUAUGGACCUCUUCUGUAUUGCAACAGGUUUACCAAGGAAUACAACCAUUUCACUCUUCACAGUUGACGGCUGCAUGGUAUCUAUCGAUCCUACCAUGCCAGCAAACUCAGAAAGGACUCCUUACAGAAUAAUACCAGUGGCUACUGAGCAACAAACAGAAAAAGAGGAAUUGUUUCAAAAUUUGUUGGUGCAGGUGGUUGAACAGUUCUCAAGGGUAUUUAAAAUUGAUGAACUGAAAACUGAAGUAACAAAUCACUUGGCAAUGCUGGAGAAAAAAGUUGAAUUGGAAGGACUGAAAGUGGUGGAAAUCGAAAAGUGUAAGAGUGACAUAAAAAAGAUGCGAGAUGAAAUGGCAGCAAGAAGCAACAGGACGAACUGCCCAUGUAAAUACAGUUUUCUGGAUGAUAGCAAGAAGCUGAUACCUCGAAAAGAUGUGCCAUCCUAUCCCAAGUACAUGCUAUCUCAAGAAACAAUAGAAGCUCUCAGGAAACCAACUUUUGAUGUUUGGCUAUGGGAACCCAACGAGAUGCUGAGUUGCUUAGAACAUAUGUAUCAUGAUUUAGGAUUAGUGAAAGACUUCAACAUCAACCCUAUCACAUUGAAAAGAUGGCUGCUGUGUAUUCAUGACAAUUACAGAAACAAUCCAUUCCAUAACUUCCGACAUUGCUUCUGUGUUACCCAGAUGAUGUACAGCAUGAUCUCACUCUGCAACCUCCAGGUAAAGAUUUCCCAAAUGGAUAUUUUAAUACUAAUGACUGCAUCAAUUUGUCAUGAUCUGGAUCACCCAGGAUAUAACAACACGUAUCAGAUUAAUGCACGAACAGACCUUGCCGUUCGCUACAAUGACAUUUCCCCGCUUGAGAACCAUCACUGUGCAGUGGCUUUCCAGAUCCUGACACAACCAGAGUGCAACAUUUUCUCCAGUGUCAAUAAGGAACAGUUCAAACGAAUAAGGCAGGGAAUGAUUACAUUAAUCCUGGCAACAGACAUGGCAAGGCAUGCUGAGAUAUUGGAUGCAUUCAAAGAAAUAUUGGACAACUUUGACUAUUCAAAUGAAGAGCAUGUGACCCAGUUGAAGAUGGUACUAAUCAAAUGCUGUGAUAUCUCCAAUGAGGUUCGCCCCAUGGAAGUGGCAGAGCCAUGGGUAGAUUGCUUAUUAGAGGAGUAUUUUAUGCAGAGUGACCGUGAAAAGUCUGAAGGGCUUCCAGUGGCACCUUUUAUGGACCGAGACAAAGUGACCAAACCUACAGCCCAGAUUGGCUUCUUAAAAUUUGUUCUAAUUCCAAUGUUUCAAACAGUAACAAAGCUUUUUCCAGAGGUUGAAGAAGUCAUGCUCCAACCACUUUGGGAAUCCAGGGACCGCUAUGAGGAAUUGAAGCAAAUAGAUGAUACUAUGACAAAAGAGCUACAGAAGAAGAAGAAUGAAAAUUUGACAAGUGGAAGCAGGGAGAAGUGAAAUACAAAUGAAAGACAGGGAACAUAAAGCAUUAUAACAGACACAAAGCUCCUUUAGAGGUUUGCCAAGUCCGUCGAACUGUCAUGGGAUUUCAUAGCAUGGACAAAGGACAAGACUGAACAGCUGACACUAUCACAAGCACUUUUUCGGGUUCCUUUUCUAAAGACUAGCAUUUAUCCUUAUGGACACAAAUGAUAAGGAACCUCUGCUCUUGUACAAUAUUUUUACUUUUAAAAGUCGUCUUCUAAAUAAUAUAUUCUUAUACCAAAAAGACUGCUACACUUAUUCUGUUUUGUAGCUUUUAUAUAUGUGUGUGUUUUGAAAACAGCUACUUGUGGUUUCAUGGAAAUAUAUAUGGGAAGACAACAUUUGUAUAUUUUAAGAGAAUUGUUGUAGAAACGUCGAUACAUAGGAUUGUGUACCGUUUCAGAUAACAAAAAUCAAUCUCGUUAUGUGUGUAUAGGAUCCACAUUUUGCCCUAAUUUAUGCCUUCUGUUACUUCGUUGAAGAAUUUGACCAAAAUGCUAUUACGAGCAAUCUAAGAGGAAAUAAUAUUUUACCUUUACUUGUUAUCAGCUGUUUGCAGUAAAACAUUUUUGAGAAAGAAAUCAGAAGCAGAAUA